AUGGACUUCGAUUUGGAAUUCGACGCUGACGGAAUAGAGGAUGAUUUACUUGAAGAACUGGAUAUAGUUAUGGAGUACUUGCCGGAUGACGACUUCGGAGGACCAGACGAUUUCACAUCGGGUGACUCGAUUUUCGAGGACUUCUUACCCAACACGGAAGAAAUUGGACGACUGCUUGAGAUAGAGGACACGGUAGAUAAGGAUUUUGUCUACGACGAAUUAUGGCCUGAUGAAGAAGAAUUUCGGCAUGUACUCGAUAUUGUAGAAGAGGAAGAAACGCAGCUUCGCACUGCAGUCACAACAGCUAGUGAAGAAUUCAUUGUUAUGCGUGUGAAGCUUGCCAUAAAUCUAAAAUACGUAAUACCAAAACAACUUCACCUGUUCAACAUGGAUUUUGUCGCACUCUCUGAAACAAAGAAGAAAGGCCAAGGAGAAGAAGAACUGGAUAAUUAUGUACAUAUCUGGAGUGGAGUAUCAAAAGCAGUAAGAGCCAAAGCACGAGUCUCCAUUAUGAUAAAGAAAUCAUGGAAAGAAAGAAUCACAAAAUGGACAUUCAUCAAUCAACGUAUUAUAACUGUUGAAAUGACAUUAUUUGCUAGGGAAGUUGUGAUUAUUGGCGUAUAUGCACCCACGAACGACACUAAAGAUAAGGAGAAAGAUACAUUUUGGGACACCCACAGGGAGACUAUUGAAAAAAUCCCAAGAAGAAAGGAACUGAUUAUCAUGGGAGAUCUGAAUGGAAGGGUAGGAAUUAGAGAAUCUUGUAGAAUAGUAGGAAAACAUGGAGAGGACGAAUAUAAUGACAAUGGGGAACGGUUGAUUGCAAUUUGUGAAAAAUUUGAUCUAAAAAUUACCAACACAUUUUUCAAACAUAAGGACAUUCAUAAAUAUACUUGGCAACAGAACACCAAAGAACUUCGUUCUAUAAUACAUUAUAUUAUCAUUAGGCAAACAAGUAGUUUCAAGGCAGUAGACGUCAGAUCUCAUAGAGGAGCCCAGUGUGGAUCAGACCACUAUCUAGUUAAAAUGAAGUCUUUCUGGCCAUGGAAGAAUUCAAGGAGUGAUACAAGUAACAUAAAUAAAACGAACCAGACUGAGAAAGAUGAAAAUUUACCUUUUAAUAUUGACAGCCUACAAGACGAAAGUAUCAGAACACUCUUUGCGGCCAGGAUGGAAAAGAAACUGGUUGAAUCAUUUGAUGGAAGUACAGAGGAAAUAUAUGAAAAUAUAAAAGCUAAUGUGAAAAUCAUAGCAACAGAGGUGUUGGGUAAAAAAGAUAGCAACCACAACUGUGCAGCAGAGUGGUGGUCAGAGGAACUAGAGGUCCUCGUUAGAGAAAAACGAAGUGCGUUCCUUCAGUGGUUGAAUGAUAAAUCAGAAGAAACAAGGUCAAUAUACAAGGAAAAGAAGAAUGAAGUGAUGAAAAAAAUAAGGAUGGCAAAAAAUGAAGCAUGGGAAAGAACAUGUGCCAAGGUCAAUAGUUUCUACUCUUAUUCCUUCAUUUACAGUGACAAACAGUGCCCGUAA